AUGCUUGCCACCGAAGAAAAGUCCGAUGUGAUGCGAUUGGACGCCAACCCUGUUCCAAUUGCAGAGCCGUCGGAGCCGUAUGAUAUUGUCGAGGCACUAUCACGAAAGAGUAGAUCACGGCGUAGCACAACGGAAGUAAACUCCACUACGCCCGUUGUGCCAGCCGAGCGACAUGACGACCACGUUCCUCCACCACAGAGACCGCCCGGGCCCCAAGGACCGGUAGCCUGGACACCUCGGCCGCACACCACCUAUGUUGACGAUUCUGCCUCGGAGGAUGCUGUCAACCAGCAACUGAUGGAGCGGGGCCUGGUUGAAUUCUUUCAGCAUGGCAUAAGCUCCUCAUCUUGGUCCUUCUUUGAUCAGCCGGCCGCGGCCCGCAUGUGUUACAUUGGGACCCCGGUCUCCAAUUUGGCCUUCCUCGUCAGCCAGGAACGCGAUGGCGACGCCAACAGCAAUUUACAUUUUCCAAUUCCCCAGAUCCACCGCGUGUUGCCAUGGAAGCCAGACUCUCAGUCAUUGCCACUUCAACUUCGCGCAGAUUCCGGCUCUGCCCUGAGCUCUCUUCCCCAGAGGGAUGUCCGAGACGCACUGGUCGACGCCUUCUUCGAUGAGAUUCACCCGGGGUUCCCCGUGGUGGACGAGAGCGAGUUUCGACAGAGUUAUGCACAGAAGGAUGCCCCACCACCGCUCUUGCUACUACAGAGUAUUCUACUGGUGGGAGCCCACGUCUGUCAGCACCCCAAGGUGGCACAAGCGAGAUCCCUCGUCAAGGCUGCGCUCUUCCAGAGGGCUAAAACGCUCUGGGACUUGCGUUUCGAGAAUGACCGUGUCACACUGGUUCAGGCAGCCCUGCUCUUUUCUUGGCAUGUCGAGAAUGCUGACACCGUAAGUGCCAAUGCGUACUACUGGAUCUCGGUCGCGUGUGGGAUUGCCUUCGGUCUGGGAAUGCACAGGAAUCUGGCAGCGACAUCAACCAGUGUCAUGCCACAGUCUGCUCGAAAUCUUUUCCGCCGAAUCUGGUGGACCCUGUUCCAGGCCUCUGUCCUCUCGAGCCUUGAUCACGGGAGACCUCUGCUCAUCAGGAACGAAGACGUAGACCAGCCCCCGCUCACUGCUCAAGACUUGGUCGAGACCGAUGGAUCUAUGAACCAGAAGAUAGAACUAAGUUCUUUUAUACACAACAGUAAGCUGUGUGAGAUUAUUGCAGACGCCCUUGUUCUUUUCUCUCCGGGCUCCAUACGCAAAGCCGGGGUCCUGCAGGACACAAGUCAGAUCGAUGCGCGUCUGGCCGAGUGGCUACUGGCAUGUCCUGAUGGUGACGGCUUUUACAUGCUGCAACUGCGUCUUCACUACAACAUCAUUCUCCUGCAGCUGCACCGUGCGGUCAUUCAGCAGAGCCACGAGGUGAAUCAUCAUCAGUCACUGGAACUCUGCAAUAGUGCCGCAGAGAGUCUCAUGAGUACUCUCUCUGCCAUCUGUUACACUGGUGCUAUCCGGAGAUGUUAUUUCACCGGCUUGACAGCUAUCAUGGCCGUGGGAAUACAUUUUUCCAGGGCCCUCCGCCUCGCAAUCGAGAAAAAGUCAAAGCUAUUGACCCUCCAGGCCCAAGCUAGGCUGGAGGGAUGUUUCCCAAUCAUGAAACAAAUGGCACCUUUCUGGUCGACAGCCAGUGCGGCGAUGAGACUCUUCCAGCAUAUCCUGGAUGGAGCCAAGUCGAGGAUGGCCACUCAGUUCGCGGUCGAACAGCAAGUUGACGAGACCAUAGAUCCUGCAGAGCAUGACUCUGUGAACCAAAAUUGGGAAUACAUCUUUUCCACACUGUAUCCCAGCGCCACAGAGCCUGUCUGGGCUUUUCCGGCAGCUGGUCCGGAAUUUGGAACCGAGGUCGGUCCUUGA